ACCAUGAUGCAACGGGAGGAGCUGUCUGGCAGAGAGGAGUUCACCUACGACCGCGUGCCCACUUUGGAGCGAGGGAUUGCGGUGAUAGGACGGCACAUGGAGAGAGGGGAGAAGGGAGAGAGGGAUCGACCGGAGAGGGAUAGCUACACUGUGGAUGUGAGGGCCAGUGACCUGCAGUUAGCCCAGGGAACACCACUACACCCAUGCUUCAGCUACAGAACCUGGCUCUACAGUGUCCUCAUAGGGGGUAGUCUGCUGAUUACAGCUGGAUUCUCUCUUUACUUGGGUAAUGUGUUUCCUGCCGCUAUGGAUUAUCUGAGAUGUGCUGCUGGUUCUAGCAUCCCUGCUGCAGUAGUAAGCUUUGCUAUUGCAAAGAACAGACACAUUGCUGUAUCGGAUUUUCAGGUGGUGUACGUGUCCACCUUCGCCGUGACAACUACCUGUCUUGUGUGGUUUGGCUGUAAACUGGUUAUAAGCCCAUCUGCCAUUAAUAUUAACUUUAACCUUAUCCUACUCAUCCUACUGGAGGUGCUCAUGGCAAGUACUGUCAUACUGUCAGCUCGAUCUGCUGAGGAUUGCUGCAGCCACAGGAAGUCAGUGACAUAUGAUGGGCCUGUGGUUCUGACCCCCCUUACAUUCCCCGCUCGCCUGCUCAAGGCCUAUUCUGUGAUUGAGGUAAUAGUUGGGAUCUCUGCAGUGUUUGGGGGCAUCAUUGCUCUUAACAUGGAUGCCCUGCUCCCUGGUCCCUACUUGUCUGUCACCUUUUUCUGGAUUCUGGUGGCUUGUUUUCCCAGUGCCAUUGCCAGCCACGUGGUGGCAGAAUACCCCAGCAAGUCUCUGGUGGAGGUUUUAAUUGCCAUAAGCAGUGUGACAUCUCCAUUGCUCUUUUCAGCCUCUGGUUACUUGUCUAGCAGUGUGCUGAGUUUUAUUGAAAUCUUUGUACAGGAAGUGACAGUAGCAAAGCAGUCCUAUGACAUCCUCCUGCUGAUUCUCAUGCUGUUGCUGCUGGUGCAGUCAGUUCUGACUCUGGCCACAGUGGUGCACUGUGCCUGCUAUAAGAGUCAGCUUCGUCUGGGAGUCCCGGAAUGGGACGAGAGCCAGAUACAGUCUCCACUCCACUGUGAGCCACAAGCACCCAAUGGCGGCGUACGUGAGUUUGACAAAGACAAGGCCUGGAAAGCAGUCGUAGUCCAAAUGGCCCAGUGA